UUCUAAGGUAUACACCCUCACACCCCACUGUGUGUUCUUGAAGGAAGUGUUAGAGAGAGAGAGAGAGAAUGGAAGGGAGUUGGAGCUCAGGAGGAAAGAAGGAAAAAGAUCAGCUGCACCUGCAGCUCCAGCAGCCCUUUCAUGUAAUUCAUAAGGUUCCAUGUGGUGAUGGUCCUUAUGUUAAAGCCAAACAUGCCCAGCUAGUGCAGAAGGAUUUGGAAGGAGCAGUAGUAUGGUUUUGGAAGGCAAUAAACGGAGGAGAUAGAGUUGACAGUGCCCUUAAGGACAUGGCAGUGGUGAUGAAGCAAUUGGAUAGAACUGAAGAGGCCAUUGAAGCUAUCAAGUCUUUUAGAGGUCUUUGCUCCAAACUAUCCCAAGAUUCACUUGAUAAUGUCCUCAUCGACUUAUACAAGAAAUGUGGGAAGGUAGAUGAACAAAUAGCACUGCUAAAGCAGAAGCUUAGGUUGAUAUAUCAAGGAGAGGCUUUCAAUGGAAAACCGACAAAAACCGCACGAUCUCAUGGCAAGAAGUUCCAGGUUUCCGUCAAGCAAGAAACUUCUAGAUUACUGGGAAAUUUGGGCUGGGCUUACAUGCAAAAGCCCAAUUACAUGGCAGCCGAGGUGGUAUACAAGAAAGCCCAAAUGAUUGAUCCAGACACAAACAAGGCCUGCAACUUGGCACUCUGCCUGAUCAAGCAGGCCCGAUACGACGAGGCACGUUCAGUUCUCGAGGAUGUUUUGCAGGCCAGACUUGCAGGCUCUGAUGAACCCAAGUCCAGAAACCGAGCCGAGGAACUGUUGUCGGAAUUAGAAUCACUGCAGCCUCCUCCGUUGCUGUCGGACGUAAUGGGCCUUGAUGUGGACGAUAAUUAUGUUGAUGCACUGCCUCCGUCGUUGUUAUCAGACGUGAUGGGCCUUGACAGGGGCGAUGAUUUUGUUGAUGGGCUUGAGAGGUUGCUGCAUGAAUGGGCCCCUUUGAGAUCAAAAAGGCUUCCAAUCUUUGAAGAGAUAUCCACAAUUAGAGACCAGUUGGCCUGUUAAUUUGAUUUCUUAGAUACGUGCUCAAAAUAUUGGGCCUGGGCCAUUAAAUGUAAAUUAGUCUUGGGCCGAGAAGGGUAAUAAUGUAAAUUUAUAUGUACAUAGGAUUUCAGGAGUUGUGAUUGGAAAUUGGAUUUCGCUUUCAUUUCUUUGACUGCUUUUAGAAUGGGAAAAAUGUUAGAUAAUAAAAUUAUUAUU